AUGCACUAUUUUGGGGUGAUGGCUGCAUUGUCUGUUUUCAACAUCAUCACUUGUUUGGCAAGAGGCAAGCCCUUGGAAGCCUGGGGCAAAUUAUCAGCUAUGGAGAACUCUGAUAAAUCCUUUGGUGAUCCCGGAGAGGUGGAGGGCGAGACCCAUUUCAACUUUAAAACCUUCCUGGAAAACAUGAAAGCUGAUUUCCUGAGGAGUUUGAACUUAUCGGGCAUCCCUUCGCAAGAGAGGUCUAGAGAGGAGCCACCACAAUUCAUGAUUGACCUGUACAACAGAUAUGCCACAGACAAGUCUUCCAUCCCUGCAUCCAAUAUUGUGCGGAGCUUCAGUACUGAAGAUGUUGUUUCUAUGGCUUCCCUGGAAGAACACCCAAUUCAGAAACACAUCUUGCUCUUCAACGUCUCUAUCCCACGGCACGAAGAUGUCACCAGGGCGGAGCUGAGAAUCCACAUAUCCUGUAAUAGGGACAUUGGGCCUCUCUCUAGACUGGAAGGCAACAUGGUCAUUUAUGAUGUUCUGGAUGAAGACCUCUGGGAAAGUCCAGAAAGCACCAACUCGUUCCUUGCCACCCAAGAUAUCCAGGAAUGUGGAUGGGAAAUGUUUGAGGUGUCCAGUGCUGUGAAAAGAUGGGUCAGGGCAGACAAAUCAAAGACUAAAAACAAGCUUGAAGUUGUUGUUGAGAGGAAAACUCUGGGUGACUUCGCUUGUGGGAAGCUGGACAUCAGUGUUAUGCCCGACACUAAAAAUUUGCCCUUGUUAAUAGUGUUCUCCAAUGACCGCAGCAACGGGACCAAGGAGACCAGAGUGGAGCUCCGGGAGAUGAUUCUUCAUGAGCAGGAGAGCGUGCUAAAGAAGUUAGCAAAGAACAGCACUUUGCCUGAAGAGGAAGAGGAGACAGAGGAGAAAUCCUUAUCCGUCCCUGGACUCCACCAGCCUUCAUCUAGAAGCAAGAGAAGCACUGGUACCAAUCACUGCCGGAGAACCUCCCUCCGUGUGAACUUCAAAGACAUUGGCUGGGAUUCCUGGGUCAUUGCUCCAAAAGAUUACGAUGCAUUUGAAUGCAAAGGGGGCUGCUUUUUCCCUCUGACGGACAACGUGACCCCUACGAAACAUGCUAUUGUUCAAACCUUAGUGCACCUCAAAAACCCCAAGAAAGCUGCCAAGGCCUGUUGUGUUCCUACCAAAUUGGAUUCGAUUUCCAUCCUCUACACUGAUGAUGCUGGGGUACCCACUUUGAAAUAUAACUACGAGGGGAUGAAAGUAGCAGAAUGCGGGUGCAGGUAG